AUUUUUUCCUUUUAAAUUCGAGGCUCCUUCCCGCUCACACACUCUUUCCUCCAGUAUAUAAAUACAAAGUAACCUCUCAUUUCUUCUAUUUCUCCAUCUUAAUCUUCGUCAAUUUCACACAACUUCCGCGUUUCUCUCUCUCUUCAUCACUUUUACUCAGAAGAAAUGUCUGCUGUCAUUGAGGAUCCUGCUGCCAAAGACCAAGGAAAAUCGGCCUCGAGGCUUCUCCGAUAUCCGCUCCGAUCUGCUACGAGAUCCAAGGAGGAGAAACCGCCGCUUGCCGACUCCACAAACUCCCACUCCUCCAUUAAAAGGGGAAGGGUUGCCUCAAGUGUGACUAAGAGUGUGAGUGUUCUCGAUCUCUCCGGCAAGGAGAAGUCUGCCAAGCCUCCUAGACGCCUCUCUGUUCCUUCCAAGUCCAACGCCAGCCCUGCUUCCAAGUCUUUUGGAAAUAUCACACCCAUUUCUGAGGCUAGAUCAAAGAGGUCUGCUGUCAACCAAGGAAAGAGCGACACGCCUCUGUCCGAUGUUUCAAAAUCUUCCAAUAGGAAGAAAUUUAACAUGCUAGCAUCAGCAUCUUACUGGCUGACUCAUAUUAAACACUCUGAAACUGCUGGCAAGCACUCCAUCUCUCUUGGCUUCUUCAAGCUUGCUUUGGAGGCUGGAUGUGAGCCUAUACAGAAGAUGAGUGAUGAGCUGAAGUCAUAUGUGCGCAAUCAUGAACUCUUGGGACUCAGAGAAUCUGUCAAAGAACUAUUUGAGGGCUACAAGAUUUCUGAAAACUAUGAGCCCUCGGAUGCAUCUCUAGCCGGCUCUGAAGCACCUGCAGAGGCUAAUCAGUCGUUCGAAGAUGAUGCUCUUAGCUCCUCAUCUUCUAUUACGGAUGCUGAGAAGGUGAAGAAGCCAAAGUCACUGGAUAUAGCUUCUGAUGAGAUUGAGCAAGUCAAGCAAUCCAAUAUUGAAGUUACUCAAAAGGAUGAGACUGUGAAGAAGACCAGAAGAUCAGUGUCCAAGAUUCCUACAAGCUCGAAGCCUGCUUCUGAAGUCAGGGGACGUAGCAUUCAAAGGAAACCUUCGAAACCGACGAAGCAAGAAACUGCAAAAGCUGAUGACAAGGUGAAGAAGCAGGGGAAGAAGAAGCCUGCACAAGUUGUGGAGCCAGUAAACUCUCAGCCAGAGGAAGCUGUUCAAGAAGACAAAGAGAACGUGGCUGCAUCACAGAUAAAGGAGGAGCUGGCUUCAGCAGAAGUGUAGAGAAUAUACUAUUGCUUUGCAAUGACUGAGUAUUUGGUUUGGAUUUUCAAAUUUAGAAGUUUUCUUUUCCUAAUUGUAUAGCGCUACAGAAUUGGUAUGGUGGGCAUUUAUUAAGAUCUGGUGUGGUGUGAAAUUUGUAAUUUUUUGUACCUUGCUGCUCUGGAUUGGUUGUGAUUUUUGCCUGACUUUCUACUUCUCGUAAUGUCAUUUACAUAAAUAGAACUUGGAUAUAUAUAUAUUUUUUUUCAA